GUUGUCUAUCUAGUGAUUUUUCAGUGGCUUCCUUUGUCUUCUAAAACUAAGACAUGGAGGAAGCUCAUUUAGUUAAUAGUCCAAGACUAGUUCUAACCUUCUCCAAGAGAAAGAAGCAAAAGCCUGAUUUUCAGGAUUCAGACAUGAUAAGGUCAUCUCCGUUCAGAACAUCACAAGUGCAUGGAUCUAAACACUCUGAGGUGUAUGGUUUUGUUGGGUCCAUAUCCACUGUUGUAGCCACAGUGAUCUUCUUGAUAUGGGCAUAUGUACCAGAUAAACUGUUGGAGUCUAUACGGAUCCGUUACUACCCAAGCAGGUAUUGGGCAUUGGCUACGCCGACGUAUCUGAUGAUGACUUUGCUGUUAGGUUUGGCGUUUUAUAUUGGUCUCAACUUCACCACCACUCCACACCCAACCUCUCUCAAUACCUUGUUUGAUGAGUACAGCCUAGAGCUUGGGGAGUUUGAUCCUCAGAUGGAGGAAGGGGAUGAGAGGCCUAUAGAUCCAAUCUCUGACAUUGAUAUUACAAGUUUCAGUGAUGUCAUGUUCAGUUCAAGUGAUUUCAUGUAGCCUACAUGAUGUAGGGUAUAGUGUGAUUCUUUUCAUUGUUUUGGUUUCACUAUGCUGAUAGUAGAUUUUGGGGGCUAUGGACAUUUUUUUAUAGUUUUUUACAAUUUUGGAAAUAUAUAUUUAUGUACAUUAAUUUUUGAAUUUUUGGAGGUGAUAAGCCAAUGUUUCACUUAUUUAUUUCCAUGACUGGCCCUGACUAUGCUUCCUCCUCUGCAUUUUGAUUGAGAAUAGUGAGAGGAGAGUAGUUGUUGCAUUUGGCAUGCAUACAAACAUUCAUUUUAUCAGAGGUCUAGGAUUGGCCUUUUAUCAAGUUAGUCACAUUGUUUCAACAGGUUAUUAUGACUUGUAGUCUCAUUUAAAUAAAUUUCUUUUCUAAUCAGAUAA